AAAUUCAAAAUAGAAAUUGAAUCUAACGUAAGAAAAAAUGUUGAAAAUCAAUUGAUCGAAGACAAAUAUUUAUGCGAAGCUGAAAAGCGUCAUGCGAUUAAAAUGACUAAAGAAGAAAUUCAUACAAUAUGGCAGAAAUAUCUUUGUAUCAUGGAAUGUGAUAUGCGUAAAGAAUUACAGGUGAACUGAACAACAAUUUCAAUUUGUUUAACAUGUUAAUAAAUAAUAAUAAUAAUAAUAAUAAUAAUAAUAAUAAUAUGAUGAUGACUCUGCUAACAGAUUGAACUUGCAAAAGUUGUUUUUAAAUGUAACAAAGAAAUACAAAAAGCUGUAAUACAACAACGCAUUGAAAUGACGCAACAUAUGAUGAACAAAGUACGUAAAGAAAUGUCUUACAUGGUGGACGAUCUUUACAAUGAAUUUGAACAAACUCGUAGAUUACAUAUUGAAAAUAUAAUAGCUGAUGUUAAUGAGAUUUUAAGGAAAGAACGUAUGAAGAACAAUCAAAAAAUAGAAAAAUUAAAAAAGGAAAAAACAGAAUCGUUGCAUACUCAAAAAGCAAAACUUCAAAUGAAAAAUCUAACUAAUGUCAUGUAUUUGCUUUGUCUUGAAAAAUUACGUUGUAAUUUGGAAAAACAGGAAAUACAAAAUCACUAUGAGAAGAAACUCUGUAAUAUGCAAAACCUAACAACGAAUUUAAAGAAAAUGUUGAAUAGAGCUGAAGAAACUAUUGAAACAUAUCAAAAUGAUAAUAAAUUGUUAAAAGACAAAUAUGAUAAUAUUAAUGAAGAAUUUCAUAAGUUUGUAACUUUUGUAUUUAAUUCUUUACCAAAACAAACUGAAUUUGUAUUACCUUUCGAAUCAAUUUGUUCCCAAACAACAAAUGAAUGAAAAAAAAAACAACUUGAUAAUUA